AUGGCAUGGGUUAGUCACAACCAAAUUUGCUUGGGAUUAGCUAAUGAAUAUUCGCUGAUUAACAUCAAUACUGGUGCAAUAACUGGUCUUUUGAUGCCAUCUGGAAACGCCGGUGCUACCCAAUUUUAUAACAUGGUAGGAAUGGGGGCAAUUGGAGCAAUCGGGGCAAUUGGAGCAAAAGUCAGCAAGCCUCUGAUGAUAAAAUUGCCAAACAGAAUCCUUUUGGCUAAAGAUAAUAUAAGUGUUUUUGUGGACCCUGAUAGUAAUGCCACACGAAAUGCUGAAAUAGAUUGGUCUGGAGCGCCCGAAGAAAUAGAUCAUCCAUUUACUGCAUGUACUCAUUUUCUUGUGAUUAAAGGGUACUCUUAUCCUUAUCUUAUUGCGGUAUUUCCGAAGCACGUAGAAGUUAGAAAUGUUGAAACUCUGGCAUUGGUCCAAACAGUCGAACUUCCGCAACCAAAAUUUAUUAAUCAAGGGAAAUACUUGUACAUUGCCAAUUAUACAAGUGUUUGGAGAUUCAUUCCUUUAAAUUUUGAAAAACAAAUAGAUCAAUUAAUCGAUCAACAUCAAUAUGAAGAGGCUAUAACAAAACUUCGACAAAUACGAACCCUUCUUGCACGCAAUCUUUUUCAACACCAAAAAUUCGACGAAGCCAUUACUAUUUUCCAAGAACUUGAAACUGAACCUGCUGAAGUCAUUGCUUUGUAUCCUCCAUCAAUAUCCGGAACGCUUCAUUCAGAUGCAUUACAUCAACAAAACUUGGAAAAAUCUGAAACUAAUCACGAAAAUGGAUUAACUGCCGUGAGUUCUGAUCAAAAUGAAAAAAUUUCUGAAAGUGAAGAACUCGUGAACGGGCAAAAGCAAAAAAUUUUUCUCGGUGAUAUCUCCUCAGGGUCAUCCAAUGUUAACGGAAAUUACAACCACAACUUGGAAAUUGCAGAACUG